UGGACCAACAACCUUUCAGAGAUAUCUACAUGGCAACCCUUAAAGCUCAUUUGAAGUCAGCCCGGGACGCAAUCUCGGCCAAAGACUGGGAAAAGGCUCAAGCUUCGGCCGAGGCGGCAUUGGCGAUCGACAAUCAAUCCUACAACGCUUACGUUUUCCUAGGUUUAGCUCAGUUGAAUUUGAAGAAGGUGUCCGAAUCUGAGGCUGCCUACCGAGCAGCAAUCAAGAUCGAUCAAGUCCAACCUCUCGCAUGGCAAGCCUUGAUUUCCUUGUAUGAACAACAACACGAUUUUGAUCGGCUUAUCGCUGAUGCUCAUAGUCUGAUGCACAUUUGGAAUGAAAAGGGUGACGCUGAGAAGCUUGGAGAGUUGAUUUUAAAGAUGAUGUCAUUUCCUCAGAAAUCACGUAAGCAGUCUGUUGCUAUACUCUCUCUGGUCUUGAGUGACUCGCCGUUUCAUUCGUUGUUAUCAACGCUUCCCGAACCGGAUCAUACCAAUCCCGAGGCAUCACCCCUUCUGAAGCUUCAAGAUAUUCUAGUCAACACAUUACCGACCUUGAAUGAAAUAAUCGAAUUGGUUCAAACUGAACAGGACGAGGCUAUCUCUCGUGAAAUCACCAAAAGACGCACUCGAUUAACCUCGGUCCCCAAGACUGCCGCGCAAACUAGAGCGGAUGUGAUCAACGAAGUUUAUCCGACAAGCGUACUUCCUAAAUAUUGGCAGCAAGUAUUGGAUCAUCCACUGGCUGAUGAUAUAACAAGAAGAGACGUUGAAGCAAAGCUGUUGACCUUUUACAUGGAUUGGCUCGAAUCCUUGCCAUCUCCUUUUACCGACGAAACACCCAAUGCCACUAAACGAUCUAGCCAGACAUCCGAAUCUCAAGCAUCUACCAAGUUGAAGAAUCAGGAAGCUAAAGAUUCCAUUCGUCAUAAAAUCGAAGACUUAGCGCGGGGCCAAGCGAUUCUAAGAAUUCCUAAUCGGAAAGCUUGGGAUAUUGUGCUUGAUUGGGGUGAAGUUCUGCCUGAUGACGGAUCAACGGAUUCUUGUGGAUUUCUUAAAAACCUUCCUGAAGCUAUGCCUGACGCGCCGCUAUCGACCCUUGUUCUGGCUUUCCAACAAAUUCACAGCGAGACAGAAGCCGAGGAGGGAGAUGUCGCCUUUGAAGAUCCGCUCGAACAGAUUGAGAUUUCCUUUGAAGGCGCACAAGACCACUCGAUCUUAUCUCAUGUCCUUACUGCAUCAGUUUACUUCGAUUUGAAAGAGUGGUCAACAGUCAUCCGAGUAGCCCAAGGAGGUCUAACCAGAUUGGCCAAGCUGGAAAAAACGAUUGGAAAGCGAUUAUCAACUCUCAAGCGACGGUUGACGAUUCACUUGGCUUGUGCUCUCACCUAUGAAAACCCACCGGUUCAUCAUCCACGAGCCACUCGCUACUUGGAUGCAAUCCUAUCUGAUGAACCGAGUAACGGCCAUGUCUUGAUGGCCAAGGCGUGUGUUCUACGGCAUAGCAAACACUGGCAGCUGGCUAACGAGUUAUACUCGCGUUCCCUUGAAGCUUCACCUUACUUGACCUCGCAGGAACGGCUCGAGGUGCGAUUACAACAGGCUUGGUGCCUAUAUGAGAUCGGUAACGUAAAUCUUGCCAUUCAGAAUCUGGAACAAAUCGUUGAAGGUUGUGAAGAGCUAGUUGAACAAGAUGCCGAAAAUCAAGAAUGUGUCCAUACUCUUGCUCAAAGUUGGUAUCAAUUAGGAAGGUGUAAAUGGACUCAGAGUCAUCCGGAUCAUCAUAAUGAAGCAGGAUCAGAUCUAACUCACCUUGAAGAAAUCAAACACAGCGCCUAUACUUGUUUUAUCAAAUCUAUCAAAUACGACACCUCGAUUGCUUCUUCCUUCUCCUACCUCGGAUUGUAUUACGAUGAGCAAAAUGACCAUACCAGGUCCUCAAAAUGCUUCCAAAGAGCUUUUGAGCUCGACGCUACACAGGAAAUCGCCGCCUUCAAAUUAGCUUCGGAGUUUGCGGACAACAGACAAUGGGAUCUAGUUGCAGUCGUAACGAAGCGGCUCCUGUUUGGCGGUGUUCCGCAAAAGACUCAGCUGAGCCCUGACGAGGACGAACCGACCAGCUUGACUAGUCUUGCGAGCUAUCAACAGCACGUCUGGGCAUGGAAGGCAGCUGGAGUAGUUCAGCUGAGCGAAGGCAAAUUCACCGCUGCAAUUAAUACUUUCCAACGUGCGAUCCGAUGCUCUCCUAAUGAUCAUCAAAUCUUGUUGAAAUUGGGGCUGGCUUACCAAGGCGCCGGGAAGCACGUCGCCGCCCUCAAAUCGUUUAUUGCCGCUCGUCAGCUAAUCGACACACAAGCUGAAGGGGCUUCGCCACCUAAUUCAGGAGGAUCCUCCGCUUGGUAUGUAAAUUUCUGCAUCGGUGAUUCUCAGAGGCAACUCGGGCUCCUCGAACCUGCGAUCAAGAACUUGGAGAAAAUCGUCGAAAAUCGACCCGAAGAGUUUGGUGUUAAGGUCAUUCUGGCUGAGACCAAAUAUACAAUGGGCUUGAAGAAUUCUGAGAAGGGAGCUUUCGCUGAGGCUGAAUAUGAACUGACUAAAUGCCUAGACAUUGUUCGAGAUGUACUUGAAAAAACUAAAUCUAGAUUGGUUACCAAAGCGUGUUGGAAGAUUACAGGGAACGUAUUUGCCGAGUUUGCCCGGUGGAAUCGCACAAUUCCUAUGACCACUUUCCUUGUUGAUGCAGGGGGAAGCGACUCGAAUGAAAACCUAAGGGCCCAUCUUUCGUAUUUCGUUAAUCUCGCAGCAAAGAUGAACAUCGAUAAUAUCCUGACUAAUGUCAAAUCUGUUAUUUGCCUGGAGACGAGCGCAAUACUGUCGGAGAAUGGCUCCCCCGGAGUAUUUCUCUUGCUAUCCGCUCUCGCUUUUAAAGUCCGCCUGGUCAUCGAACUAUCGGAAAGUCAGAAAGAUAGUGCAGCAGAAGCUUGGUCGGACCUGGCGAUUGCAUUAGGAGGUCUCAGUAGAUGGCUUGAUCCGACUUCAAGCAAGCUCGCGUCAAGCGACCCUUCGGCCUUCUUUAAAACUCAAAUGGGCCCACAAGCCACUUUAUCUGAAGCAGUCCAUUGCAUCAAAGCUGGCCUACAGAUGAACUCCUUCAGUUCCGGAGCUUGGAAUACGCUUGGUGUCUUAACCUUCAGCUUGAACCCAAGGCUCUCUCAGCACGCAUUUAUCAGAUCCGUCGAGCUUCUGCCGAAGAACCAUAUCGCUUGGACGAACCUUGGCUUUUUCUAUGUGACCCAUUCUGACUUGGAGCUAGCGAAUGAAGCUUUUGAAAGAGCUCAAUUAAUCGAACCCGACUGGUCUUUAUCUUGGAUGGGUCAAGCUUUGAUAGCUUCGCUGAAUGGCCAACAACAAAAAGCCGGCGAACUGGUCGAACAUGCUUACAGUUUGUCUCUUGGAAGCAUAACCACAAUCGAAUCUUGUUACGCGACGGUGACUUUGAAGACGUUUACCAAUGAUGCGCAAAAGUCGUCACAGCACACCAGCACCCUAAUUGCUCCGAUCUUAGCUGCGGAAAAGUUAUUGAAGAGAUAUCCCAAGGAUCCAACGUUCUUGAAUCUCCAUGCUCUUAUUUCGGAAUGUUUAGGAAAUUUCGACGAGGCUGCUGGAAGUUUGGAAAGAUCAGCUGAGCUUUUGGAGGCAGUCUACGAAGUUACAGAGUCGAUUGAAGUUGAACAACGGUUUAUGUUAGCAAACUUAAACUUAGGUCGGAUUCGGUUGCGACAAAAAGAUUACGAAGAGGCCAUUGCUGUUCUCGAAACUGUUCUUGGUUUAAGGCCUCCAUUUGAUAAGAAUACCGAACCCAUGGAAAGUGCUUUCAAAUCAACAAUCAUCCGGGCCCAGGCGGCUUGCCAGAUCGCAAUGGCCAGAUAUUUCUUACAAGAUUCUGAGAAAUGUCUGACUCUCCUUGAUGAAGCUCUUCGCGAACUAAAUGAUCUUCGGCAGGACGAAUCAUUAGGGCUUUCUAAAAAACUAGCACCCUACUCAUCUGCUGUAUCAGGACUUAUUGCGAGGGUACUUUGGUCUCAAUCAAAUCAAUCAAAAGCCAAAGAAGUGAUAUCAGACAUGAUUUUGAAAAAUUCAUCCGAAAAAUUCAUCGAUUACGAUUUGAUCAGUUCCUUUCUGGCCAUUACAAUUCUCGAAGGAGGAUCGGACGAAGCACUUCAGGCGGCUCUCAAUAUCAAAGAUGAAUAUACUGACCAAUCAGCGGAACAGAAUCUGGGGAGUGGGGAAGAAGUUUCGAUUGAUCAAGCCCAGAUUCACAAGAAGGAAGAUAUGGAAAUCAUCUCGCGACUUCAAGAAUUGAUUCUCCGAACUGCACCAAACAAAAAAAUCACACGGGAUCCCAAAUCAGAAACCAACACGAUACUCAACUUUUUGGAGUUCACAAUCAAGCUAUUAACCCAGCAACCAAGCCAAAAUGAACAUGCUUUCGUCAAAUCUUUUGAUGCCUGCAAGGAGGUCUUGAGCAGCUGUAUCAGACAAGUCAGGGAAACUGAGAUCGAUAAACAGUUGAUUAAACAACGAGCUAUCAUUUUUAAAUCUUUUGAUGAGGAACAACUGCCCGCUCCUGCAAGUCUUACCGACAGCAAUAAGCAUCAUUCCGACCUUCCGGGCGGCCAGACUGGGGAUUUCAUUGAUGAUAAAGCAAUCUCGUUGUCUGACCAAUUGAAUUUCCUCGUUUGAAUUCUCUCUGACUCGGACUGUUUUCUUUGCUCUUUCAACAUCAAACUGUUUCUCAAUGGCUCAUAAUGUUAAGGAUUCUGUACAUCACAUGACUGUUGUCUACUCGAAGCAAAUGAAAAUACCUAUAUUCUGGCGAUAGAUUCUUAUGACUAAUGAGAAUGUUUUCAUUGUGAAUUUAUACAUACACCGCACAGUUGAUGAGCUGUGAGUCAUAAAGUGAGCUCGUGUUUUUCACGCAGUCAUCUAAGUCUAUCAAAUCUUCUCUGAAGCCAAUUUCCUAUUUCAAUUUUGUAACUUUUGGUGAAAACUGCUGCACUUUUGGAAAGACACUUCAGGAAAUUAUCUUAUUUGCA